UCUCAACUAUCACCAUUCAUUAGUUAGGUAUGUUGCCUGCUCACCUUUGAUAGCAUUCUCACAGGCUACCAACCUAAGACACCCUCCAAACCAGAGCCAUCCUUCUGGUUCUUUUGUUUUUCAAUAUGCAAAAUGAGUUACCACCAACAAAUGAAGGAGACCCUCGCUCUUUGUCAUCCUGAGUCAUAAUGACUGUAUUCGAGAAGACAGCCAUUCAGAAGGUGAAGCCAAAUCUUAAGAAAAGUAGCUUGCAGCUCUGCAGCCUGCUGUGGGACCUCAGCUCCUACCCAACAGAAGGACGCCAGGGGAAAGCUUCUAAAGACAUUCAUAGUUCUGCUCUGGUCACAGCAAGCUAUGACGAGGACUUCUACAUGCAUAUACCACUUCCUUGUUUUGAACUGGUAUGUUUUCCUCAAUUAUUACAUCUUACAACAAGAAAAGGAUGAGCAGAAAUCCAAAAUCUUUCAAAAUGGUGGAAAGUACAAGUACUUGACAUUCCUUAAUCUGUUCUUGCAGGCCAUUUUCUAUGGAGUCGCCUGCCUGGAAGAUACGCUGAAAAGAAUGAAAGGGAAAAAAGACAUUAAGUUCGUAACUGCCUUCAGGGACCUGCUUUUCACCACACUGGCCUUUCCUGUAUCCACAUUUGUAUUUUUGUCAUUCUGGAUCCUCUUUCUCUAUGAUCGAGAACUUGUUUACCCUAAGCUCCUAGAUGGUAUCUUUCCAGUGUGGAUGAAUCAUGCAAUGCACACAUUCAUAUUCCCCUUCUCACUGGUUGAAAUCAUCCUCAGGCCACACUGCUAUCCAAUGAAGAAGAAAGGACUCACCUUGUUGGCAGCUGCUAGCCUUGUUUACAUUAGCAGGAUCGUGUGGAUCUACUUAAAGACUGGUACAUGGGUGUAUCCGGUGUUGGCCAAACUCAGUGCAGUGGGUCUAGCAGUCUUCUUCUCUUUGAGCUACGUCUUUAGUGCCAGCAUCUACCUACUUGGAGAGAAGCUCAACCACUGGAAAUGGGGUGACCUGGGGCAGUCAAGGAAAAAGAAGAAAUGAUUAUAUGCUGUUUUGCAAGAACUAAAA